AUGGCACACGAGGGUUCUGGGAACGCGUCGGUCGCGGCAGUGAGCGUGAAAGUGCCUCCUUUCUGGGUAGAAGAACCCGAGAUGUGGUUCGCUCAGUUAGAGGGACAAUUCCUCGUGGCCGGAAUAACGGUGGACGCGACAAAGUUCGCAUACGUGGUCGGCAAUCUGGAGGGUCGUUACGCUAGAGAAGUGGCAGACAUUAUAAAAAACCCGCCGAUAGUGGACAAAUAUGACACCUUGAAGAGGCAGCUUGUGGCAAGAUUGUCCCAGUCAGAGGACAAGAAGCUACGUCAGCUACUGGAAAGAGAAGAACUGGGGGAUCGCACUCCCAGCCAAUUUCUAAGGCAUCUCAAGAGUCUGGCAGGAGAAGCGGUACCGGAAAAAUUAUUAAAGAGCAUUUGGUCCGGUAGACUGCCGCAGUCGGUGCAAACAAUAUUAGCAACACAGGAAAAAGCACCAUUAGAAGACGCCACGAUUUUGGCGGACAAAGUAUACGAAUUGGCGCCACAAGGCCCUCAAAGCAACAUGGCGGCGGUAGAGAAGCCAUCCGGAAUUUCCGCCAUUGAGCGGAAGGUGGAAGAACUAACCAAGAUGGUGGAACAGUUGACGACCAGGUCGCGUGGUCCAUGGCGAAAAAGAUGGCGCGGUAGUUCCCGCGACAGGAGCGCGAGCGGGAACCGCGUUCGACACCAAAACGACAAGAAAAGGUAUGAUGAUUGUUGGUACCAUUAUAAAUGGGGCAAGAACGCACACAAAUGCGUACCGCCGUACACAGGCUCAGAUGUGAGCGUGUACCCCGCAAAGCGCUGUAGGGAACGUCGCAGAAGCGGCGAAUACAUUUUGUACGCGGCAAAUGGUACACCGAUUAAGACAUAUGGCAAUAUGAUGAUGGAUGUAAACUUCGGGUUAAGAAGAAGCUUUCCAUGGAAAAUGGUGGUAGCUGACGUGGCCAGGCCCAUUAUUGGGGCAGAUUUCCUCACACAUUAUGGCUUAUUG